GAGCCAGGAUUGCUGGAUCCUGCCCCCCCCCCCAUCUCCCCGCAUCCAGGGAGGGCAGCGGAGCGUUAUCGCUCAGCGCAGGGCCGCAUCCGGCAGCGCUGGCGCCCAGCCGCGGCCCCCAGCCCUGGGGCGCUGGCGCUAACCUGGUUAGCCACGACGGAUGGAUGGAUGGAUGGAUGGAUGGGGAUGGAUGAAGGAUGGAGGGAUGGAUGGAUCACUCACCGCGGCCCCCCCCGCCCGGCUGGGGAUAUAAGGCGGGUUUGGGGGCGGGCGGGCGCCAUCAGAGCAGCCCCCCGCCAUGAGCAGCCUGGCCGCCCUCCGGGAGGGCUACGAGCGCUUCGACCCCCGCGCCUACCUGGAGAACAACUACCUGCCCCCCCGCGCCGACUUCUCCUCCGAGGAGUUCGUGGUGCCCUGGAAGCUGCGAUGCCUGGCCGAGACCUUCGCCAGCGGUGAGAUCCGUGGGCGCACGCUGAUCGACGUGGGCUCGGGUCCCACCAUCUACCAGCUGCUCAGCGCCUGCGACCACUUUGAGGAGAUCGUGGCCACCGACUACCUGGCGGUGAACCGGGAGGAGCUGGGGCGCUGGGUGCGGGGGGACCCCAGCGCCUUCGACUGGAGCCCCUUCAUCCAGCACGUCUGCAGGAUCGAGGGACGCGGGGAGCCCUGGCAGGAGAAGCAGCGGCGGCUGCGGGGCCGGCUGCGGCGCAUCGUGCCCAUCGACGUGCACCAGCCGGAGCCGCUGGGCGCCCCGCUGCACCCGCCGGCCGACGCGCUGCUCUCCGCCUUCUGCUUGGAGGCCGUCAGCCCCGACGGCGCCGCCUUCACGCGGGCCCUGCGGCACGUGGGCUCGCUGCUGCGCCCGGGGGGCCACAUCGUGCUGCUGGGGGCCCUGGGCGAGACCUUCUACCUGGCGGGGGCCGCUCGCCUGCCCGUGGUGCCGCUGGCCGAGGCCGACGUCCGCGCCGCGCUGGCCGCCGCCGGCUUCGCGCUCCGGGAUUUCCGCUCCUACGCCAUGCCCCCCGCGCUCCGCACCGGCGUCGACGACGUCGAUGGCGUCUUCUUUGUCCACGCGCAGAAGCCGGAGGCCUGAGGGAGCCCCCCUGCGGGGGGCGGGGCUGCCCCCCCUCGCCCCAAAAGCCAGACGCGGUGCCCCCCACCCUCACCCCGGUG